AACAGAGAAAGUACUGCCUCUUGCAAAAAUACAUACAUGACAUUGUAAACGUAGGAGGAUGGCAUAAGAAGCAGACGGUAAUGACUUUUUUUUAGGUGAAUUGUACAUCGCUGUUCUGCCCUCCAUGAUGAAAUACAUCAUGAAUUCUCUUAUUUACAUGUAUACCUAGACACAGACACCUGAAUGCAUAGGCGGUUUUGCAGAGAUCAUCUUAGGUAGAAUAUAUAUAAGUCUAAUUUCUAAGCAUGUUUUUUUUUUUCUACGAGUCGUUUGGUACAGAUACCAGUUGCCCUGUGGUUCAUGAUGCGUAGUUCAUGAAUCUGCCUGCUGCUUUGCUGAUGGCUUUUCUGUUGGUCAGAUGCUGGUUUCUUGCCUUCCUGAGGCUGAUCCUGAACGUGGGUCUUGCUCACCAUUAAGCUUGUAGCUUCACUGUCUGUCUCAUAAAGAUGUUAUGUGGUAAGUACUUAUUCUGCCGGGAAGUAGAAGAGUACUUCUAGAGUGAAAAAAAAACAUGCCUCCCAAGUUCAAGCGCCACCUAAAUGAUGACGAUGUCACUGGUUCUGUGAAAAGUGAAAGGAGAAACCUUUUGGAAGAUGAUUCAGAUGAAGAAGAGGACUUUUUUCUAAGGGGACCAUCUGGACCAAGAUUUGGACCUAGAAAUGAUAAAAUUAAGCAUGUUCAGAACCAGGUGGAUGAAGUUAUUGAUGUCAUGCAAGAAAAUAUCACAAAGGUAAUUGAAAGAGGGGAGAGACUAGAUGAACUUCAGGACAAAUCAGAUAAAAGAAUCCCGUUAUGUCGUCUAAUCCUUGUCUCCAUCCUCUGUGUGAUACAGAAAGCUUAUCGGAUAACGCAACCGCUUUCAGCAACAGAUCCAAACAGCUCCGGCGGCAGAUGUGGUGGCGUGGGUGCAAGAUUAAAGCCAUCAUGGCCUUGGUUGCAGUCAUCCUUUUGUUGGUGAUCAUCAUUCUUACAGUUGUGAAAUACCGCACUUGAUUUGAUGACGGAGAUCUUCAUUAAACAACGUCUGGGACAAUAAUAAUAAUAAAAGAUUGCUGUAUAAUUUAAAUGAAACUUAUAUAUAUAACUUUCAAAACUUCUUUUUCAAGAAACUGAGAGGCAAGUAUCACUUCAAACUGGAACAUUGAGAAUAUCCAGUAUCAUUUUUCUUUCUAGCAAAAUGUGCUUUUAAUAAUUAUGUUCAAGGCCAAGACAGCCAGCGUCUGUUUUCCCACAUUCCAAGGAUCUAAUUUGAACCGAGAUGCUUGCCAGUUCACUAUUUGUGUCUGUAGUUCAACUUUGAUAGGAGAUUUCCUACCGUGUCUUUAAUGGCAUAAGGACAUGCACUCUUGCGUUCAGGUAGGGGGUCAGGAAGCCUGUGUAGCCAGCCAUUCCAUCACUAUUCGCAAGAGGCUUCUCACAUUACAGUUGCUUUGCAGUUCCCACAAGCUAAGUGUCAUGAACACUACUGCCUUCAGCUGUGACUAAAAACAUUCCAGUAAAUCUAUUUUUGACUGUAUAAGGGAAUGUGUAGUAAUUUCUUGGCAUUUGAAUUAUGGAAAUGGGACUUUUAAACGGUGUGAAAAGCACAGUAGUAUGGCACCAUGAAACGAGAUAAUAAAAUUAUUGGAGAAUGUCA